AAUUCAGAAAUACAAAGAUCUUUCGAUAUAUCUACAAAUUAUUUAAAAUGUCUACAAAGCAUUUAACAGUUGGUUCUGUAGAGCCUCCAAGAACUGAGGGCCUUCUCAGGCUCUAUACCAUGAAAUUCUGUCCUUUUGCCCAAAGAGCUGCAUUAGUUCUGAAAGCGAAAAACAUUCCACAUGAUGUUGUAUAUAUUAAUUUAUUCAAAAAACCAGAGUGGUACAGCAAAAUCAAUGAAAAAACAUUAGUACCAUCCAUUCUUGAUGGUGAUAAAAUUGUGGUAGAAAGCCUGGAUAUUGCUGAUUAUCUAGAUGAAAAGUACCCUGAAAAUCCACUCUAUCCUGCAGAUCCUGCAGCCAAGCAGAAGAUUAAGGAUAUUAUAAACAAGGCAGGUGCUGCACAGGGAGUAUUUAUAAACCUCUUAUUAGGAAAAGAAGAAAAUUCAGCAGAAGAAUGGGCUAAAUUGUUCAUUGAAGCUCUUCAACCUUUGGAAGAAGAACUUUCACAGAGGGAACACCUUUCUUUGGUGGAGAUAAACCUGGAAUGGCAGAUUACAUGAUUUGGCCAUGGGCAGAGAGAGCAGGAUGCAUAGGAAUUAAAUUGCAACAGAGGCUUCCAUUGAAAGACUCAGACAUCCCACUUUUAAGGAAAUGGAGAAAAGAUAUGAUGAAUGAACCAGCCUGCAAGGAGUUAUAUAUAAGUGGUGAGAGGUUUUGGAAGGUUACAAAAGCAAAAUUGGCUGGAGAGGAACCAGCUUAUGAUGAAAUAUAAAAUCGAUACUUAAAUCACUAGAAACCAUAUUAAUUACAUGCAGUAUUUGUCAGAUGAAAUGAUAGAAUAUACUGUUACUCUGAUGUUUUAUACAAUAUGCUUCCCAAAUUCACUUAUUGUUGCCUACACCCUGUACUAAACCUGAAGACAAUAAAUAUUACAGCUUUUU